AUGGCUCGGCACGGUUCGCUCUGGCUCUGUUCCCAUCCGGAGAGGAGAAUCACCCCGAGAGAAUCCCCACCAGCUGAGAUCGAGGGGGCAGAACGCGUGGCUAGUGCGAGUCGCGUCAAAAGGGGGCCGAGUCCUGCGAAACCCGACCCUCCAGGGCCCUUUAAAGCAAAAAGAAAAAACUAUGGGACGAGUCUGCUGAACGGAGACAAAUCCAAAUCCAACCCGGGGAAGGAGAGCAUAGAAAGCCCCUCUCUGGUCUCUCUGGCAGCGGUGGAAGAAGCCGCUUUUCAGUCGACGUGGGAGCACGGAGAGAGGGAUAAAAGACAGAAGAACAGAACGAGAAGACAGCGUGCUCACAAGGUCAGAAGUCUUGUUUUGAUCACCUGCCCAGUCAGAUGUCUUGGGAACUGCAGGUUUUGGUCCCAGUGCGACAAGUUUUAUGUGGAUCAGGAGAAAGAUGUGAAAAGCAGGUGUGUUACUGAGGAGGAGGCAGUGCAGAGGAGGAGUCAGUGCAGAGGAGGAGGCAGUGCAGUGGAGGAGGCAGUGCAGAGGAGGAGUCAGUGCAGAGGAGGAGUCAGUGCAGAGGAGGAGGCAGUGCAGAGGAGGAGUCAGUGCAGAGGAGGAGUCAGUGCAGAGGAGGAGUCAGUGCAGAGGAGGAGUCAGUGUAGUGGAGGAGUCAGUGCAGAGGAGGAGUCAGUGCAGAGGAGGAGGCAGUGCGGAGGAGGCAGUGCAGAGGAGGAGGCAGUGCAGAGGAGGAGGCAGUGCGGAGGAGGAGUUAGUGCAGAGGAGGAGUCAGUGCGGAGGAGGAGUCAGUGCGGAGGAGGAGGCAGUGCGGAGGAGGCAGUGCGGAGGAGGAGUCAGUGCGGAGGAGUUAGUGCAGAGGAGGAGUCAGUGCAGAAGAGGAGGCAGUGCGGAGGAGGCAGUGCAGAGGAGGAGUCAGUGCAGAGGAGGCAGUGCAGAGGAGGAGGCAGUGCAGAGGAGGAGUCAGUGCAGAGAGGAGGAGUCAGUGCAGAGGAGGAGUCAGUGCAGAGGAGGAGGCAGUGCGGAGGAGGCAGUGCAGAGGAGGAGGCAGUGCAGAGGAGGAGGCAGUGCAGAGGAGGAGGCAGUGCGGAGGAGGCAGUGCAGAGGAGGAGUCAGUGCGGAGGAGUUAGUGCAGAGGAGGAGUCAGUGCAGAAGAGGAGGCAGUGCGGAGGAGGCAGUGCAGAGGAGGAGUCAGUGCGGAGGAGGCAGUGCAGAGGAGGAGGCCGUGCAGAGGAGGGGUCAGUGCAGAGGAGGAGUCAGUGCAGAGGAGGAGUCAGUGCAGAGGAGGAGGCAGUGCGGAGGAGGCAGUGCAGAGGAGGAGGCAGUGCAGAGGAGGAGGCAGUGCGGAGGAGGAGGCAGUGCGGAGGAGGAGUCAGUGCAGAGGAGGAGUCAGUGCAGAGGAGGAGUCAGUGCAGAGGAGGAGUCAGUGCGGAGGAGGAGGCAGUGCAGAGGAGGAGGCAGUGCGGAGGAGGCAGUGCAGCGGAGGAGGCAGUGCAGAGGAGGAGGCAGUGCGGAGGAGGAGGCAGUGCGGAGGAGGAGUCAGUGCAGAGGAGGAGUCAGUGCAGAGGAGGAGUUAGUGUAGAGGAGGAGUCAGUGCAGAGGAGGAGGCAGUGCAGAGGAGGAGGCAGUGCAGAGGAGGAGGCAGUGCAGAGGAGGAGUCAGUGCAGAGGAGGAGUCAGUGCAGAGGAGGAGGCAGUGCAGAGGAGGAGUCAGUGCAGAGGAGGAGUCAGUGCAGAGGAGGAGUCAGUGCAGAGGAGGAGGCAGUGCAGAGGAGGAGUCAGUGCGGAGGAGGCAGUGCAGAGGAGGAGUCAGUGCGGAGGAGUUAGUGCAGAGGAGGAGUCAGUGCAGAAGAGGAGGCAGUGCGGAGGAGGCAGUGCAGAGGAGGAGUCAGUGCGGAGGAGGCAGUGCAGAGGAGGAGUCAGUGCGGAGGAGGAGGCAGUGCGGAGGAGGCAGUGCGGAGGAGGAGUCAGUGCGGAGGAGUUAGUGCAGAGGAGGAGUCAGUGCAGAAGAGGAGGCAGUGCGGAGGAGGCAGUGCAGAGGAGGAGUCAGUGCAGAGGAGGCAGUGCAGAGGAGGAGGCAGUGCAGAGGAGGAGUCAGUGCAGAGGAGGAGUCAGUGCAGAGGAGGAGUCAGUGCAGAGGAGGAGGCAGUGCGGAGGAGGCAGUGCAGAGGAGGAGGCAGUGCAGAGGAGGAGGCAGUGCGGAGGAGGAGGCAGUGCGGAGGAGGAGGCAGUGCGGAGGAGGCAGUGCAGAGGAGGAGUCAGUGCGGAGGAGUUAGUGCAGAGGAGGAGUCAGUGCAGAAGAGGAGGCAGUGCGGAGGAGGCAGUGCAGAGGAGGAGUCAGUGCGGAGGAGGCAGUGCAGAGGAGGAGGCCGUGCAGAGGAGGGGUCAGUGCAGAGGAGGAGUCAGUGCAGAGGAGGAGUCAGUGCUGAGGAGGAGGCAGUGCGGAGGAGGCAGUGCAGAGGAGGAGGCAGUGCAGAGGAGGAGGCAGUGCGGAGGAGGAGGCAGUGCGGAGGAGGAGUCAGUGCAGAGGAGGAGUCAGUGCAGAGGAGGAGUCAGUGCAGAGGAGGAGUCAGUGCGGAGGAGGAGGCAGUGCAGAGGAGGAGGCAGUGCGGAGGAGGCAGUGCAGAGGAGGAGUCAGUGCAGAGGAGGAGGCAGUGCGGAGGAGGAGGCAUGCAGAGGAGGAGGCAGUGCAGAGGAGGAGGCAGUGCAGAGGAGGAGGAAGUGCAGAGGAGGAGUCAGUGCAGAGGAGGAGUCAGUGCAGAGGAGGAGGCAGUGCAGAGGAGGAGUCAGUGCAGAGGAGGAGUCAGUGCAGAGGAGGAGGCAGUGCAGAGGAGGAGGCAGUGCAGAGGAGGAGUCAGUGCAGAGGAGGAGUCAGUGCAGAGGAGGAAGCAGUGCAGAGGAGGAGGCAGUGCAGAGGAGGAGUCAGUGCGGAGGAGGAGGCAGUGCAGAGGAGGAGGCAGUGCAGAGGAGGAGUCAGUGCAGUGGAGGAGGCAGUGCAGAGGAGGAGGCAGUACAGAGGAGGAGUCAGUGCAGCGGAGGAGGCAGUGCAGAGGAGGAGUCAGUGCAGAGGAGGAGGCAGUGCAGAGGAGGAGGCAGUGCAGAGGAGGAGGCAGUGCAGAGGAGGAGUCAGUGCAGAGGAGGAGUCAGUGCAGAGGAGGAGUCAGUGCAGAGGAUGAGGCAGUGCGGAGGAGGAGGCAGUGCAGAGGAGGAGUCAGUGCGGAGGAGGCAGUGCAGAGGAGGAGGCAGUGCAGAGGAGGAGGCAGUGCAGAGGAGGAGUCAGUGCAGAGGAGGAGUCAGUGCAGAGGAGGAGGCAGUGCAGAGGAGGAGUCAGUGCAGAGGAGGAGUCAGUGCAGAGGAGGAGUCAGUGCAGAGGAGGAGUCAGUGCAGAGGAGGAGGCAGUGCAGAGGAGGAGGCAGUGCAGAGGAGGAGUCAGUGCAGUGGAGGAGGCAGUGCAGAGGAGGAGGCAGUGCAGAGGAGGAGGCAGUGUAGAGGAGGAGGCAGUGCAGAGGAGGAACGUCAGAGCGAGCAGCUGUUUCUCUAUCGGUCCUGUUUAAGUGAAGACGUGUCCACUGCCUCCUGCUUCCAAUCUGAGAGACGAGGGAGGAAGGGAGGGGGGGGGGGUGGAGGGGGGGGGGGGGGGGGGGGGGGGGGGGGGGGGGGGGGGGGGGGGGGGGGGGGGGGGGGGGGGGGGGGGGGGGGGGGGGGGGGGGGGGGGUGA